UGCUCCAGGUCUCCCCUCCCCUCACCCAAGUUACCUGGUUAACCAUUCACAUCCCUAAAGGAGAUACCUGCCUGCACUCUCAAGAUUGAAUUGUUUUACCAGUCAUUCAUGAUUGGAUGAUAACUUCACAACUGUAAGGCCUAAAAACUUUAUUUUUUCAAAUGAGAGCUUAUGUUCUAGAGAAAGUGCUGGCAUAAACUAUUUCCCCACCACUGACUUGCCAGGGGAAGUAUCUCACUAGUCACUGGUGAGUAAAUUUCCCAAGUCCCAGAAAUAAAAUACUACAUUUUGGGGAUUUAUGCUAAUGCUUUUGACUCUUAGAAUUCUUUGACCCUUUGGCAUUGACAACCAAGUAGUUAAUUUAGGUCCUGAUUCUGCAAGUGCAUUUGAGUACCAUGUUAAUCUUCAUUGAAUCUUAGGGGAAAUAAUCUCUUAAAAUGAGUGCUAUGUUAAUUUUGAACCUCUUUUUGAAUGAGAGGCUUUUAUGAUGUUAAUUAAUUAAUUAGUAAGAGAGACCCCCAACAAUUUACUGAUAAUAAAGAGUUUUGUUUUCUUAGAGAAAGUGUUCACUGUGAUCUCCAAAUAUAGUAUUGUUGUGCAAUUUUGUAUCCUUUGUUUUUAAAUGAUACAGAGGUGUUCUGCAAACACUUCUUGCUUAGAUAUAUUGCUAAAUACAGAAAUAGUAGUCCCAUUGAAACCAGUGGGGUCACUCAGCUUCGUUGGGAAAUAUGCAAGGCAGUAUUGGAUGGAUUAAAAUUCAAGCUUAUUCUGUGUCCUUCAUAGUCAAUAAACUACUGUUUUCUUCACAUCAGGAUUUAUUUGAGUACAGCCUUUCCUUGACUAAAGAUUGGAUUGGCUUUGGGGUAAAUUGUGCUUCCUUUAAAGGGGAAUUCUUAUGUUCUGUUCUUUUUAUGGUGUAGAAAUAAAAAUUAUUUUAGAUCAAUUUUAUAGACUUUUCUGUUCAGACAUUAUGAUACAAUAACAUUGGUUUUAUGGUUUCAUACUUCCUAUCUUUAUAUUCUUCUGUGUAUUUGGGAACUGGGCAUGGGGCUUCUAGAUACCACAGAUAGAGGGCCAAAAGAGAUUUUUCAUAUAUUAACCUAUGCUAUUAGGAACAUAAUCACUUCUGCAUUAAAUAGAAAAGCAUUGAUUAGAACGUAUUGGCAUUAGGUACACAAAUGUAUCUUGUUUUAAAUACUUAUUUUUGUUGCAGAAUGAAAGCCUGCCAGAUAACUACAUAUUGAGUCUCUUAGGGCUCAAGAAAUGCAUCUAGCUGUCCUUAAAGUAUCUCUCUGAAACUAUUGUCGUUUUAGGAAAAUGACCUAAGAACCAUUUUGGCAGUGUUUAAGCUGCUCAACAAGGGACGUGCUAAUGGAUGACAGAGAAUUUCCUACAAAUGGUCUACAGGUAGUCUCAAAGGAUAGACUUCAUGCUGGUGACAGUGUGGGAAAUGUAGGAACUCAUCUGGCUUCUUCAUCUGAUGAAAAUGAAAAUCAACUUGAAGGCAACAGAAGUGAGGUCCUGACCAGCAGUGACAGUUCAAUGGGCGUGCAUGAAAAGGUUGAGCAGGACACUGUCAAUAAUAAUGAAACUCUGGACAGUGUAGACUUUACACUGAGCUGCACAGAAGAUGAAAUUGAGAAGAGUUCUGAAAAUUACUGUGAGGACAUUCACAGAGAGGACAAGCCUGCUCUAGAAAAAUGGAGAGAUGGAAAAAGAAGUUCAGCUUGCAAAACAGACUCCAGUAGAAAACCUACAGGAAUUCCUUCAGUGGGCCCUGCAACAGUUGAGAGAGUGAAUGAGCUCCUUAAAGUUACAGAGUCAUUGCAUGAUGAAGAUGUUGAUGAAACAAAUGCGAAUGAACAGACAAAGCAACAAAACCAGACUUUGCAGUCACUCUUUUCCCUGCUUCGAAAAGAGUUUGAGCAGAUGGACUCAAGGAUACUCCCUCUGUGUCUGCAUCAGAUAGCUGAGGCCUAUUUUCAGGAAGAGGAAUACGAGAAAGCAAUGAAGUUCAUUCAGCUUGAACGACUGUAUCAUGAGCAGUUACUUGAAAAUCUUUCUUCCAUUCAGAAGCAGUGGGAAACAAAGUGGAAAACAGCAGUGCCCAGUGAAGUUACAACUCUGAGGAAUUCAACUAAAGGACUUAACAAUGAAGAGUUGGAAAAUCUUGCUAAACUUUGUACGUCACAUAGAGAGCCACUUGUAUCCAAACACAAGGUAGUAACUACUGAAAAGUCAUUGGGAGGCAAUCGUUUUGUACAAUUAAUGGUAUCAGAAGAUUUAAAGGAAAAAGAGGCUGCUGCUUGUGAUUCAGAUACUGAAACUUGGCCUGGCAUUGCACCAAGAAAAGAAAACAAGCACAGAGAGAGACAGAUGAGUGAGAGCUCCCUGUGUGAUAGUAAAACUGAUAGGCUUACGGAAACAGCAAGUUUUCAAGUAGCUGCAGGGAAGGACCACAUGGAGGAGCAGCACUGCAGUGCUGAAUCAACACUGGAGCCACACACCCAGUCCACAGAGACAGUCGGCAGGCCUUGUUCUGAAUGUUUAUCAUCUGGGGAUGCUGGUAAAGAUAACAGUUUGCAGCUGACAGAGAAGCAGUUCUCUAAGGAUGUAGCAAAAAUAGAAGACGUGGCUAAAGAACCUGGAGUGGAACUCUCUUGUGAGCCAAUGGUAGACAUCUUUGUUGUAACGGAUGCUGAUUUGGUUUCUAAAGAUGAAAAUGUACAAGCAGAAAGAAAUGUUCUCAGGUCAAAACACCAUACAGGCUCUACUGAGACUACCAGAAGCCAGCUUGGAAAUAAUCCAUUUAGCCAACAGCAGCAGAAUCCUAGUUCAGGAGAGGAGGAUGGAAAAUCCCCACAGGACAGAGCUGCAUCAAACAUUUGUGAAAACAUGUGUUAUGGAAAUAACAAAGUAUCUGAACAUAUCAAUUCUGCACAUCCAGAAAUAUGCAAGGGGCUGCAAGACAUGCCAAGGCAACAGGAGAAGGAGAUAAAUAAUGAAGAACCAGAAGAUUUUUUUGGCAGAUUCUUAAAUGGUAGCAUAAAAGACACUGAAGAAUCCCUUGCAAUCUUAGAAAACCAAGAGGACUCUGAAACUCUUCCAGAUACUCCACUGGAGCAAGCAUCACACAGCUCAACAGAGGCUUUAUUUUUAGAUGACAGCUUUUCUUCACUCGAUGAACUUGCAAAAAGGAUAGAGAUUGCCGAGGUUGCCCCUGCAGAGGGACUAGUGUCAAUCCUAAAGAAGAGAGAUGACAGUGAAGGAAAGACACUUGAUCAAAUCCAGCAGAAAAAUCCAAAGAGAAGAGUGAGAUUUCAAGAAAUGGAAGACACCUUGGAUCAAGAUGAAGUUGGUGGCGGCUCCUGCAUUUUGCUGAUCCUGUUGUGCAUAGCAACUGUUUUCCUUAGCGUUGGAGGAACUGCACUGUACUGUACCUUUGGAAACAUGGAAUCUGCUGUAUGUACUGACUUUGAAGCCAACGUGGACUUUUACUAUACCCAGAUAUUGCAGGGUGUGGAGGAACUUAAACACUGGAUAGCCUUCUCUUAGUUGACAGGACAAUACGCUGACAGGUCACCAGUGAUUACCAGAGAAGGUAAAAAAAUGGUGAUUUCAAGUUGUCUAAUAUGUGCCACCUUUUAGGUGACGUACAAUUGAUGACAUAAACCUAACCUUUAAAUACCAGUUGAGAAGGACUCUCUGAUCUUGUAAUCAGGUGGGGAGAAAUAAAUCAAGUGUGGAUUGGGAGAAUAAAAGCAAAAUGUCAUUGCCUUCACCUUUUGAAACCAAGAGAACCAGCCAUUCGACAUCUUUGGGAAGUGAAGAAGAAAUAACAACUGAUCCGCCUCUGUACAGUCUCCCAUUGCCACACAUUGUAAGCAAUCUUUGCAAUCUUAGUGAAAGGACAAUUUUGAUUUACAGCUGUUUGCACAAAAGUGUUGCCUCUCGCUAUCAUGCAAUAAGUCUGUGUUUUAUGAAAAUGUUUCCUUAUUUUUCUUUUAAGUCUUAAUGUCUUUAUUUUAAAUGACCUGGUAAGCUGUUUAAUUAUGGGUGGAGUGAGGAGAAUGCAUUAGCAUUCGCAGUGCCUCAUACUAUAUAAAGGGAUUGACCUUAUGUCUUUAAGUUUGUGGGCAGUUAUCAUGAGUGGGUAAAUCUGCAGGCAGUUUUGCCAGAUUCUAUGGAAUUUUAAUCCAAAAAUUGGAUCGAUUCGUGUUGGAAAUUUGUGGGAUUUUUCAAUGAAAAUUUAUUCCCAGAAGACUUAAGUGUAGAAAAUUAUUCUUACUCAUACUAGUAAAGCAGCUUGGGCCAAUGUGAUUAGGAAUCAGAAUAAGUGGGUUCUCUUUCCAACUUUACCACUCUCUUGCAGUGACUUCUCUGCCUUAGUUUCCCCAUCUGCAAAAUGGAGAUAAUUAUCCUUGAUAAUUAUCCCCCUCUGUAAAGUGCUUUAACAUCUGCAGAGGGAGAGUGGUAUAGAAUUAUCUGGUGUUGUUAUAAGUGCCCAGAAGUUUUGUUCAGGUUGGCAUAGAGCCAAGACCAGCUACAAAGUUCAGAGGUCAAACUGCCAUGUGUUUUUCUAUUUACCUCUGAGCUUUACUGAGUCACUUUGAAUAAAACUGAUUCUAUUUCACCAUGUCUGGUUCUCAAGGAAAAUCCUCUCCAUCUCUUUGACAUUUUAUUUCACCCUGAUCUUUCAACUCCUUCAUAUAUUCUGAUCACUCCUUUCAUGGAGAUUUACUUCUCCUAGAUUUUUUUUCCUCUCCUUUUCCUUUCAGAUUCCAGGUUGAACGGGAAAAACAAAUCAAACUAUUUUGAGACUAUCGAUAUUUUCAUUUUUGCAACUUGCAAUCUUAUUUAUAUGGGAGAUCCCUUCAUACUAAUUUAUUAUCAGUGGAAUAGUUUAAACUUGUGUUAUUUUAGUCCAUGGUUCAUUUAGAAUAUAUCAUAGAGAUUAACAGAGCAGUUCAUAUCUCACCAUAUUCAUUUUAGUCUUCUGUCUGCAGACUUGGGAAGGCAGCAUUGUGGUCAUUCAUAUUUAAAAAGGUAACUGCAGCAAGGAGACUCAACAUAAUUUUUAAAAUGCCAAUAAAAUCUUCAAAGCCAUAGAACACAUUUGGAAACAUCUAAAACAUGGGAAGAGCUCUUAGAGUUGCAGUGUAUCACAUGUAUCUGUCAGGAGGAAAUCUAUGAACUCAGGGCCAAAUCCUUGGGUACUGUACACCUCUGUGAAAGGGCCAAUAGGGGAUACUGUUCAGAGUUGCAAGAGCCUUGGAGAGCCCAUGGAUUUCACAGGUAACAUUAUCAAAAGUUUGUAUGUCCCAUUUUCACAUGUGACUUAGGCAUUUUGGAUUUGAUCCUAUGCUUGUCAAAGUCAAUGAUAAAAUACCGGUUGACUUCAGUGGAGAGGAGCAGACCUUUGGAGCCUAGGUCUCUCUGCAACUCAGUGGGACCUAGUUUGUAAGUGCCUAAGACUCUCUUGAAAAAGGGACUUGGACAUCUCAGACACUUGAUGUUUUAGACAAAUUUGCUCUAAAUACUACUGGGGGCUGUGCCCCUGCUUGCUAUGCUUCCAAGCCCCCUCUCUCUGCAGGUAGGCAGCCUCAGCUCUCCCCCUGGCCGCUGAGGAGAGCCGGGCUGUGGCGUGGCAAUCUUGUACCACCCUUUCCCAUGCCCUACACCAGGCCAAGGCUGUGCCAGCCCUGGCUCUCCCACUCUCUCCCCCCAGCCACCGAGCUGAGUCUGUGCCAGCCCCAGCUCUCCCACUUCUACCUCCACCUCAGAGGAACAGGAAAGGAGGGAGGCCAUGCAGCUGAAGGUAGAGGCAGGCAGCAGGAUGCAGAGUGACAUGUUGAGGUCACUGUCAUCCUGCAGGAAGGGGUUGAUGUUUUUUGAGAGAGAGCGAGAGAGAGAUUAUACAAAAGAGGGAUCCCCACAGCAGGGGUGGCUGAAAUCCUGGCUUCAUUUAAGUCAAUGACUGGAUUUCUCCCUAACUAACUCUCCCUGGGAUGGGGAUAUGUAGGGAGCCUGGCCUGAGGACCUGUGUUAUCACAACAUGGUGUAAGUGGAGGUAGUCAUCUGUAGCUGCUAAUUCUGUCGUUGUUUGACAAUAACUGUAAGUGAGUCAGCUGUGCAGGUGCCUCAGGUCAUAUGGGUUGCAGUCACAGAGGAGGAUUCCAUCUUGCUCAUCAUUCCUUUAGGCAAAACACUUUUUACUCUGGCUUUGCUCCCAGGAUUGAGAUUUGAGUCACUUAAAUUUGCUCUGUUUUUCAAUACCGGUUGACCGCCUCUAGUCCAGCGCGCUCUGGUCCAGCAACAUCCAUGGUCCAGCAUGAUUUUAGUUAGCUGAAUGUCCAUUUAUCAUGGGUGUUGCCAAGUUUUCCAUGGUCCGAUAAAGUUUGUUUACAGCCACCAGUCCUAGCUCUCAGUGUUCAGGGCUGUUACUUAGCUCUACUUUACCCCAACUGCAAGCAGUGACAUCCUGUGUUUGGGGAAACUCUCUGGUUUGGCAUGUGUCAGAUCCCCAAGUUGCUGGACUAGAGAGGUUCAACAAUUUUUAAAUUGUAAUAAUGAAUUGUUUUAAAUGAACUGCUAUUUUUUGCUUGUGCACAGCCCUUCGUAUUUGUAGGGCAGAGAACUGCUGACAAGAUAGUGAAAAACAAGGUUGGAUUGUAGGGCCCUUUGCCCUAGUCAUGACCAGAAUAUGGCAGGUGCUUCUGCUAAUGGCUCAAUGAACUAGCCAGUGGAAGAGCUCUGAGAUGAGUGUUGUUUGAAAUUAUACCUCUUCUGUCUCAGGAUACAGUCUGCUUGGCGACUACAAUUCACUCCACCCAAUGUUUUAAAUGCUUACUAGGUUUAUAUGAUGGUAUAUGUUCAGGUUUAAGUAUUUACUGUAUAAAAUAACAUGAAGUGAAAUUAUCAAGAUAUCACUCAGAAUUAGAACAUGAUGAUGCUUUCUUGUAUUUGCAGGUAGGUUGUCCCUUUAGUAAGCUUGACUAUUCCUAAUGCACUCUCAUGAGUAUUUUUUUAAGUGAAAGUUGAAAUCACUAUUUUACAGAAAAAAUGGCUUGUGUGGUUUUUGUUUUAUGUACCCCAUCUCUGAGGGUUGGCUUACACCUUAGGAAGCCUCACUUGCAGCUUUAUAUUAUAACUAGCAAUUUAAAAUGUCUAGAUUAAUGAAAAACUUUUGCUUUCUAAAUGAAAUAUGAGAACAAUAUUGUCUUUUUUUCCCCAAGUAGGGCCUUGUGUUUCAUGUUGUUGUAAUGCUGGGUUAAUCUACAAAGAGAGAGGGAAAAUUGCUUUUAUAUUCUGAAGUGUUACUGGCUGGUUCAGUACAUCACUUUGUCUGGGUUUAUUUAUUUAAUUCCAGUUGAUUUUAAAGAAAUUCUCUUAUUUUCCUCUUAUUUUUUGUAAACUGCUGAUGGAGUGUUGAUAAGCAUGCAUUCAGUUGUUACCGAACUGUAUUUAUAAUUACUGUGCAGUUAGUGUGUUUUUGAGUUUGUGUAACUUUUGAGUUUGUCAAUGUUUAAGCAUAUUAAGUUUGUUUAAAACUCCAACUGUUAAUUUCAGCUUAAAAAAAAAAACCCACGUUAAGUGUGUGUGUCACCAAAAACAUCCCGCAUUGGAGCCAAAAGUAUUUAUUUAAAAGUAUAUCAGAUACAGAGAUCAAAGAUCCUUAUACUUUAGAUUCAUAUUAUUACAAACUAUUUUAAAGCUGCUCAAUUGUAAAUUUUAAAGAGAUAAUUGACAAGGUAAUUUUUAAAAAGCAGUUCACUUUGCACUUGAUGGCCUGCACUGUGGCAUGGAUGCUUUGUGCUGCAUUGCCAGAGUAAAGCCACUUCAAAAUCCACAUAACUGGCCACAGGAGGAUCACCAAGGGUACCUUCAGUGACAGAGCCAGUGUGACUGCUCCUUCUCUGCCCCUCCCUGCUCUGUUGCUUGUGCUAAGGGCGUGGCAGGAAAUUAUGAACAGUCUCUAGCUGGUGUAAUUUAGAGCAUCUUUCCAGCUGAGCCUGGACUGAACCUUAUUCAGAUACCUUUGUAAAACGCUGGUGGCACUAAUUCUCGUUUUACAUGACAGUUCUGUUAGCAGAAAUAGCUCACGUGGGCUAUGGUGGAUUACCAAAUGCUUGGUUAAGUACACAGCAAUAUUACUGUACUUGGAGUAGGAAUGUAAGCGGUUAGUUGAGUGACUACUUGAUUAGUCAUCCCCCCCCCUUCGCUGCUUUUAUCAUGGCAACAAGUGGGGGAAGCAGGAGCCGGUGUUUGGGGGAGCCAGCUUAAAAGCCUGUUCCACCCCAUGGAGAUAGUGCUCAGAGGGGCAGCAGAAGAGGCAGAGGCGCAGCAGGGGACCAGAUGCAAACUGGGAAUCAGCUGUCCCGGAUCGCGCAGAGUUCCAGAUGCUGCAGCUCUGCCCUUUAAAUGUAUUAAAAGUCUGGCAGAUCUUACUACAUUUAAAAGACAGAGCCACAGUGGGGUUAGUUCUUAGGGCUGGGAGCUAACCAUGCUGUGGCUCUGCAGUUUCCCCUUAAUUGACUAAUUGAGUAGUCGAUGGAAAUUCAGUCGACUACUCGAUUAGCCGAUUAAACGAAAUUUAACAUCCGUAACUUAGACAUCAAAAUAGUUUGUGGGUAAGGCCAACUUGGUGACCUUCCUGCACGUUCUGCUCCAUUUAGAUUAGGGCCUUGCAGUCUGGUAAAUCCAAACUAAAGGGAAACCAUCAAUUCAAGAAAUUACUCUUCUGCCUGAAAACUUUGUAGCUAGUAACAAGCAACAGCUGAGAUUACUGUAACUGAAAGAAAUGGGGAGGGGAGAAGGUAUUUGAUUACUCUGUGCAUAUGAUAGCCAAUUUCAAUUAGUCCUCCCCCCAUUGCUUGUAGGCAUGUUCUACAUAGCAACGGGGAGAGAACUCAUUCUAAAAACAGGAUUAUACAAUGGUAAAUUUGUAACAUCUGGUAGAUGGAUACAGGAGCUGGUGUCUUCUUCAAAGCUAUUUGAAACUCCUUUCUUAAAAUAUGACUAGAUUUCAACUAGGGCUGUCGAUUAAUCACCUUUAUUUCAAGAAACUAACUAAAAAAAUUAAUCAUGAUUAAUCCGUUUUAAUUGGAGUGUUAAACAAUAGAAUACUAGAUAGAAAUAUUAAACGUUUUAGAUUUUUUCUACAUUUUUAAACAUAUUGACUUCCAUUACACUUUAUAGUAUUUUUAUUACAAAUAUUUGCACUGAUAAACAAAAAAUGAUAAACAAAAGAAAUAGUAUUUUUCAGUUCACCUCGUGCAAGUACAGUAGUGCAAUCUCUUUAGCAUGCAAGUGCAAUUUACAAUGAAGUUUUUUUGUUUCAUAAUUGCACUAAAACAAUACAGUGUAAAACUUUAGAGCCUACAGUUCCAUUCAGUCUUACUACUUGUUCAACCAGUCACUAAGACAAACAAGUUUGUUUACAUUCAUGGAAGAAAAUGCUGCCCGCUUCUUGUUUACAAUGUCUCCUGAAAGUGAGACCAGAUGUUUGCAUGGCACUUCUGUAGGGUAUUUAUGUGCAAGUUAUGCUAAACAUUCAUAGAUCCCUUCAUGCUUUGGCCACCAUUUCAAACAACAUACCUCCAUGCUCAUGACACUCAUUAAAGAAGUGUGUUAAUUAAAUUUGUGACAGAACUCUGUGGGGGAGAAUUGUAUGUCUCUUCAUCUGUUUUACCACAUUCUACCCUGUAUUUCCUGUUACGAUAGUCUUGGAUGGUGACCCAGAACAUAUUGUUGUUUCAAGAACACUUUCUUAACUGCAGAUUUGACAAAAAGCAAAGAAGAUGCCAAUGUGAGAUUUCUAAAGAUAGCUACAGUCCUCAGCCUAAGGUUUAAGAAUCCAAAAUACUUUCUAAAAUCUGAAAGGGCCGAGAUGUUUUCAAAAGUUUUAAAAGAGCAAUACUCUAAUGUGGAAACUACAGAAUCUGAAAAACAAGCUUCUGCUGACUCAGAUGAUGAAAAUGUAUAUACACUGGUCUGCACUGAGUUGGAUCAUUAUUGAGCAGGGCCCAUCAUCAGCAUGAUGAAAUGCAUGUUCUCUGGAAUGGUGGUAGAAGCAUAAAGGGACGUAUGACUCUUUAGCACAUCUGGCACCUUAGUAUCUUGCAACACUGGCUAAAACAGUGCCAUGUGAACAUUUCUCACUUUGAGGUGACAUUGUGAACAAGAAGCGGACAACCAUUCUCUGCAAAUGUAAACAAAUUUGUUUGUUUAAGCAAUUGGUGUACAAGAAGGAGGACUGUGUGGAUCUGUAGGCUCUAAAAUUUUACAUUGUUUUAUUUUUGAAUGCAGGGUUUUUUUUACAUAAUUCUACAUUUAUAAGUUCAAUUUUCAUGAUAGAGAUUGCACUACAGAAUUUGUAAUGCUAAAAUUGAAACUUUAUUUUUUACAAUGCACACAUUUGUAAUAAAAAAUAGUGAGCACUAUACUCUUGGUAUUCUGUGUUGUAAUUGUAGUCAAUAUAUUUAAAAAUAUAAACCAUCCAAAAAUAUUGAAAUAGUAUUCUGUUAUUGUUUAACAGCAUGAUUAAUCUCACUUUUUAAUGCAGAUUGAAUUUUUUAAUUGGUUGACCGCUCUAAUUUCAAUUCGAGAAUGUUCCUUUAAUCAUGUGAUCACUCCUCUGAAGGCACUUUGCCCGCAGCCUCCUUGUUCUACCCCUCCACUAAGCGUGUUUGAAGUCUUGCAAAUACUUUCGCUCUUUUUUGUUUUGGUGCCUAGAGGAAGGAUGUACAAUUUUGACUGCUAACAGUAGGAAAGAGAAAGCCACAGCAAAAUAGUGGAAACUUGUUAUUGAAAUUAUGUGAGUGAAGGACAAGCUUGAAAUCUCAAUAAAUCAGAUUAGGUUGAAAUUGAGAUUUCAACUGAGGGAUGUUCCAAUCAUGACUAAAUGGCUGCUACCCUCAUAUGAAAACAAUGUUGCCUAAUUCUGUUAACCAAGACCAUUCAAAGGAACUAGCUAUAAUCUAUAAGAAAUCUAACAUGAGCCUUCUUUGGCAAAGGAAGGCAGUAACUGUAUUUGAGAACAUCAGCUAAGCUUGUAAAUGAAAUAUUGUAGCAAAAAAAAAUAAAGUGUCCCAGAGAAAAUGUCUGAA